AUGAGUGAUGCUGCCGGGGGCGGCGGCGGCGGAGAAGCGCAGAGCCACCGCGGCUCCUCCGCCGGCGGCUGCGGGAGCAGCGGCUCUACCUCGCCCGGGCGGCGGCGGCGGCGGCGGCGGGGCGCGGCGGCGGGCGGCGGGCCGGGGGCGGCCGGGGGGCCCGGGGCCGGCGGGGGCAGCAGCAUGCCGGCGGGCGAGGGGGACAAGGAGGAGGCGGCGCCGCCUCCUCGCCCUGCCGCCCUGCUGCGGUGGGACGAGGUGCCCGAGGACUUCGUGGAGUGCUUCAUCCUCUCGGGCUACCGGCGGCUGCACUGCUCGGCGCAGGAGUGCCUGGCCUCGGUGCUGCAGCCCACCAAUGAGACCCUCAACUUCUGGACCCACUUCAUCCCGCUGCUGCUCUUCCUCAGCCGCUUCGGGCGGCUGCUGCUGCUGCGGGGCGCCGGGGACGUGCCCUUCCACCACCCGGCCCUGCUGCCCCUCUGGUGCUACGCCUCGGGGGUGCUGCUCACCUUUGCCAUGAGCUGCACGGCCCACCUCUUCAGCUGCCUCUCCCCGCGCCUCCGCGCCGCCUUCUUCUACCUGGACUACGCCUCCAUCAGCUACUACGGCUUUGCCAGCACCGUGGCCUACUCCUACUACCUGCUGCCAGGGCUGAGCCUACUGGACGCCAGUGCCAUGAGCCGCUACGUGCAGCAGCGGCUGGGCUGGCAGCUGGACUGCAGCCUGCCCAUCACGGCCUACCGUGCCCUGGUGCUGCCCGUGGCCCUGGCACUGGCCGUGGGCUGCACGGCCGCCUGCUGCCGCAGCCGCGCCGCCUGCUGCGCCUACCCCUUUGCCGUGCGCACCUUCGUCUUCGCCAUGCCGCUGAGCAUGGCCUGCCCCAUCAUGCUGGAGAGCCUCCUCUUUGACCUCCGCACCCGCAACCCCACGCUCUUCGUCUACUUCUACCGGCGCUACUGCUGGCUGCUGGUGGCCGCCUUCUUCAACGUCAGCAAAAUCCCCGAGCGGAUCCAGCCGGGGCUCUUCGACAUCGUGGGGCACAGCCACCAGCUUUUCCACAUCUUCACCUUCCUCAGCAUCUACGACCAGGUGCACUAUGUGGAGGACGGGCUGGCCGAGUUCCUCAAGGCACCCCUGGCUGCCCCCACCUACCUGGGCACCGUGGGGUAUAUGCUGCUCCUGACGCUCUGCCUGGCCGUGGUCGUCAGGAGGUUCCUCAACGUCGCAGACCUCUGCAAGCAGGACUAGCUGGGCCGGCGACCCUUGGGACAGCGACCACCAUACUAGUGACCCUUGGGCUGGAGACCUCGGGCCGAUGACCUUCAG